GCCUCGCAGCCGCGCAGUCGUGCCCCGACUAUGACGCCGCGCGCGCACCUUUAACUACCGAAAUAUCAUCUCGACUACAAAGUAUAAGUGAUCGUACUAACAAGCAUGUGCGAGUGAAACUUUAAAAAAAUAAAUUAAAAAAUAUUUUUUCCAAAAUGUCUCCUCUAGUGAUAGUAUUGUUAAGUGCAUUAGUUUUAGUAAAUGCUGGUGGUGAACUACAGGGUGACAGCAGAGAGAGUGCGCGCGAAGAAAAACUAAGGAGUGCUUUAAUUGACGCUUUUCAGAGCAUCAAAAAAGGUUCGGCCAAGGGUGGCGUGGAUGAAGACCUAGCUUCAGACCUGAUCGGCUCCCUUGCCAAGCCUGCUCCUCCGACCUCGAACCGAAACGAAAAAUCCACUACAGAGGAUGCUUUCGAUCUAUUCGCGGACGACGACGGUCUGUCGUUCGCAGACUUCAGUGACAUUAAGACUGAAGCGAAACAAUCAACGACUGAGAAGUCGCACAAUGUGCAGCACAUUGUGAAGACUACCAGCAAACCGGCGGAGAAAACGACAUCGAAACCAAACAAGGACGUGCUGAGUAAGCUGAGUGACUCCAUCAGGAACACGGUGAACGAGUCCAGGAAUGUGCUGAGGAGAGAAAGCACGAACAGCACGGAGCUGAUGGGGAUAGAGAACAUGCUGCGGCUCUUUGAUGCGGAUAUCUUGGUGAAGCAAUGGACUGAGCUGCAGCAGACUGUCAGCGGGGACUGUCGCCUGGAGAUGCAGGAGUACGUGGAGGGACUGAUGGAGAGGAAGCUGUGGGCGCUCAAGAUGGAAGAUGCAAGCGGUCGCUACACAUCAAUGUUCUACUGGGGCAACAACUACUGGACGGGAUCAGCAGAACUGUGUGACAUCCUCAACGACCAGCACACGCCAAUCAGACAACGCAACAAAACAAUUCGCUCUCAGAUCUUCAAUGAUUGGCGCCAGGAUCUGUCGAUGGUAGGCCUCGGGCCUCCCUUCGAGACAGCCUUCUACAUCGCGAAAGUCAGCGUCACCACCAACUUUACUGAAGUCGUCAAGACUCGCCGUACUCUUCACCUGGGUAUGUGCCUCCCCCGGUCAUGCUCCCGCGACGCUGUUUCCGCGAUGGUGGCCAGCGCACGCGCACCUUUGCUACGUCACAACGUUGUAGCCGUAAGAUCACCUCAACAUGGAGGCUAUACCUACCUCGGAGACCCUACCUUCAGGGUGUUACUAGCCGUGACCUGCCUGGUUACUGUCCUCCUCAUCACAGCGACGAUUUACGACAUAAAGAUAGCCCGCGACGUGCACCGACACAGACAGCGCGCUGCCAAUAUGGCUGCCAACAUCGCCAACGGCGGCGCUCGUAGCGACCUCAAGCUCGACCUGAACGGGCUUGACGACAUCACUGUCGCUAAUGGCAAGUCGAUGUACAACGUGAACAACAACCUGCAAAUAAACAGCAACACAUCGGAGGAGCGUCUCACCGCUGAGACACUCUCCACUGACGAACUCAAACUCAGCAUUUGGUCCGAGCUGCUUCUCUCAUUCUCCAUGAAGGCCAACGUACUGCAGAUCUUCGACCAGUCUGUUGGAGCUGACACUGUGCCUGUCGUGCAUGGUCUCAGGUCAUUCUCCAUGGUCUGGGUUAUAUUCGGUCACACCUGCAUCGUUGUCUUCAAGUACGCCGACAAUACUGCCCUGCGAGCGAUCCUGGAGAAGAGCUUCUGGUUCCAACUCAUCAUCAGCGCCGUCUACAGCGUCGAUACCUUCUUCUGUCUUGGUGGUAUGUUGGUGACGUUCCUCUACUUCCGCACGAAGACAAAGGGCAAGCUGGACCGUCUGGUGAAGGGCCACAGGAAGUUCACCUCCGGAGUUCUGCAGUUCCUGGGACUUAUUGGAUACAGAUUUGCCAGGUUAACGGCUCCGUACCUGUUCAUCCUGGGCGUGGUGGAGGUGACAAUGAAGUGGUUCGCCCACAACGCAGUGUUCGAGCCCCCGGCGAAUGACUACGACACCUGCCCCAAGUACUGGUGGAGGAAUCUGCUUUACAUCAACACUCUCUUCCCUGUUGAGCAGAUGUGCAUGUUGUGGAGUUGGUAUCUGUCCGACGACACUCAGUUCUAUGCAGUCAGCGCCAUCCUUCUGAUCCUAGCGACCAGCCACUUCAAGGUAUCAGCUUCAUUGACCGGCGUGCUAUUCAUGUCAUCUCUCUUCACUACUGGCUACGUCUCCUGGAGCAACGACCACAUCCCCAACAGCGAGGAUCCCUUCACUCAGUUCGACAAGGUGUAUGAGAAGCCGUGGACCAGGCUCGGACCGUACCUCGUGGGCAUGCUCACUGGAUGGAUCCUGUUCAAGACCAAUUUGACAAUUAAGAUGUCCAGGGUAUGGGCAUCAGUAGGGUGGUCAGUAUGUGCGGGGACACUGUUGUUCCUCAUCUUCGGUCUCUACAAGACGGAGCUGGGCGUGCUAUCGGCCGCCGUGUACAGCGCACUCUCGCACUCGCUGUGGGCUGCCUGCAUCGGAUGGAUCAUCAUCGCCUGCUCUACGGGACAUGGAGGUUGGGUGCGUCCUCUGCUGUCUGCGCCAGUACUGUACCCAUUCUCCCGAGUAACGUACUGCGCAUACUUGGUGCACCCUGUAGUGCUGCGCUACGUCGCCAUGCAUCUCACACACCCUAUACAUAUGGGAGAACUCUUCGUGUUCAUCAUGUUCCUGGGUCUGACAAUGAUAUCGUACGCGUUAGCGUUCGUGAUAUCAGUAGCCUUCGAGGCGCCCAUGGUCACCAUGCUGAAGAUCGUCUCUCCGCAGAAGAAACCGCGCAGAGUAUGAAGCCACCACCCACCCUUAGCUUUACCCACAAAGACUUUUAAUUACUUCCCCAGUUUUACAACUGACCUGCCACAAGGCGGAUGGAAAUAAUAAGUUGGUACAUUGCGCAGGAGUUUAAUAGGCCAAAAUGUUUAAAUGAAUUCCGAACCUGCGCAAGAGUCGUUACAAAAUAUUUGUACAACCCAAUGGCCGCGCUGACUACGCUUCGCUACCUGAUAGUUAGGGCGAAUGUGAUGUUAGUUAUUUUAUUCCCAGUCUCUAUUCAGUAGAAGACAAAAUAUUUCUAUGGAGAAAAAUAUAAUAAUUUUCUCUAGUAGCGCCAUCUGUGAUGCGUCACUUUCUUAUGAGUAAACAAAAUAGUAUUUCAAUUUUGUUCGAAAAAAAUAUUUGUGUCGGAUAAUAG